UUAUGUAAAGGAUGAUGAACUUUAACUCCUGAUCCUCCUGUUGGGUUUGUAGGCAGAAACCACCAUGGAAAGGAAGGAACAUAAAUGAAUAAGAUGGUAAUUAACAGCACAAACAGUAUGAGAGUAAAGUGUACUGAUCUACAAGUGCUGUUUCAGCACGUCCUCUUGGCAACCACCUAUAUCCUUGGGGAGGAGUUAUAACUCUAUAGUUCACCUUGAUGAACAUACUGAGAUAUUCAAGAUGGGCAGCAAUAAUACCAGCACUGCUGAAAGUAAUUGCAAUGCUACACAUCUGACAUUUCAGUACUCUCUGUAUGCAACCACCUAUAUCUUCAUAUUCAUCCCUGGUCUCCUGGCUAACAGUGCAGCCCUGUGGGUUCUGUGCCGCUUCAUCAGCAAGAAGAAUAAGGCCAUCAUUUUCAUGAUCAACCUCUCAGUGGCGGAUCUCGCUCAUGUCCUAUCCUUACCUCUCCGGAUUUAUUAUUACAUCACCCAUCACUGGCCAUUCCAGAGGGCCCUUUGCCUGCUCUGCUUCUAUCUGAAAUAUCUCAACAUGUAUGCCAGCAUUUUUUUCUUGACAUGCAUCAGCCUUCAGCGGUGCUUCUUUCUCCUGAAGCCGUUCAGAGCCAGAAACUGGAAGCGUAGGUAUGACGUGGGCAUCAGUGCUGCCAUCUGGGUCAUCGUGGGAACUGCCUGUUUGCCACUUCCCAUUCUGAGAAGUGCUGGCUUAGCCAACAACAGUGAAUCCUGCUUUGCUGAUUUAGGGCUUCAUAACAUUAGUAUGGCUUCCUCCAUUGCCAUGGUAACUGCUGCUGAACUUGGAGGGUUUGUAUUGCCUGUUGUAAUUAUUACAUAUUGCACAUGGAAAACAAGAAAAUCUUUACAGGAAUUCCAAGAUCCACCUCAGAAUAUUAAAGAGAGGAAAAAGGCUUUGAGGAUGGUCCUAAUGUGUGCAGUGGUAUUCAUAGUGUGUUUCACGCCUUACCAUCUCAACUUCCCAUUCUUUAUGAUGUUGAAGCAACAUGUCUUCUUGAACUGUUCCUUUAUUAAGAGCACUCUGUGUUUCCACAUCAUUUCCCUGUGUCUUGCUAGUCUGAAUUGUUGCCUUGAUCCAGUUGUGUAUUAUUUUAUGACUUCAGAAUUUCGUGAUCAAUUUUCAGAACAUGGCACUUUGGUCAUCCAGUCAUGUGUGCGAUGUAAGGACAGUACUUUGGAAAUUCAUCAGAGGAAGGAGAAUCUUCAGACUAUCUCUCUUGAAUGUUUGGAUGCUCCAACACAAUGUGAUGAAAUAAUUCUCUAGAAUAACCUUUAUACUCUGUCAGGUUAGCCAUGUCAUUUCAAAGUGAUACUGUCUUGAAGAAACAUAGCCACUUCACUCAAAAUAAUCUGUCUACUGGAGUUCUUUAUGCCAAGAUCAUAUGUGGACCUUCUGAGAAAAAAAAAAAACUUUUUUACAGAAAGUGAUAAUCAACAGAAGGAGUCUCACAUCUGUUCCUCAGUAAUGGGGACAAUCAUCAUCUUCACCUGAGAAAAACAAAAUACAUUAAAAACUAGUGGACAUGUACAAGUUAUCUAAACAGUGACAAGUCUACAUCAGAAUAUGACCCUAACUUUAUUUAGAAAACAUACACUACUUCUCCAAUUGUAUUACAGAGGGAUGGCUUUUCAUAGUAACAUAAAUUAUGGAAAUUAACAAUAUUAAAACUUAAAAUAUCUAUAAGAUUUCCUUUUUCUCACCUUGAAGAAAACUCAUUUCAGAUGAGCUUCUCAAAAUUACCAUGGAAACAAUAAUGCAAACACCAUAAAGAAGAUUGUGCUCUGCAUAUUUAACAAACUUGAGUUUAAAGACUCAAAAUGAAAUCACUUUGCCUAAAUGUCUGUUUGUGAUGUGAUGCAUAUUUGUGUUUACUGGCACUAAUUGGGAAAUAUUCUCAUUUAUCUCUUUAUUAAAAUCAGUUGUGUCAUUCUCUGGCUAGGUUGAUUGUUUCAUAUGUAACUUCAGACAACUUCAUUUGGUACAUUUAAAUCAACAGAUUCCAGAAGAAUCACACAAUACAUGCAGUUUUCAUUUUGCUAAGAUUUAGUUGAACCUAAGCUUUUAUAAGCAAAAUAUGCCAAUGAAAUGAAUUGAAUCGUAUCAUUAAUACAGAACAAACACUGCCAUUUCAAAAAAACCCUGUUGGUGCAUUAUUAUUAAUUUAAAUCUUUCCCACUGGAAAAUUUGAAGCUUACUAUUUUCAA